UUCAGAUAUUAUUUUCUUUUUUCUUAUGAGAAACUUUUUCAUUUCUCACCACUAAAGAUGAUCUAAUACAUACCGACUAUAUUAGUUCAUCAAUAUAGUAUAAUAAUGGAAAAAAAUAUAUUUGAAUACACAUUCUGAAAAACAAAACUAUAUAUUGAGCCGUUCUUGCAAGAUAAUACUUUGACAAGACCCCUGUAUUUUGAUCGAAUCUCUCUAACCUAUGUAACACCAAAAUUAUAAAUAUUUUUAUUCAUCCUAAUUCUAUAUUUUUAAAACAUAUUUAUUCAUUCUCACAUGACAUAUCUAACACCAAUAUAUAAAAAGAAAAUGUCAGAUUUAAAAUAGGCGACAAAUGAUCUAUAAGCCCGAUCACAUGUAGACAUGUAGUCAAAAUUUUCAACUAUAUAUAUGCAUAGGCGAGAGUUAAUAAGAGUAUCACAAAACAACUGCAAAUCUUCACGUGUUCUCUUUUGCUCAUCACAUGUUCUCUUCUUUCUUCGCCUCUCUCUGCAAAUCUAAUCCUUUCUCUUUUUGGCAUCCCUAGGCUCUUUUUGUGAUUCAUCUUCCAAUAAUUUAAUCCUUUAAAACUUAAAUACAUACGUAUCCACCUACUCAACUUUGGCAUGGACAAGAAGAAGGUUGUUGCAGCUUCAUCGUCAUCGUCAUCUUCUACUUCUUUUGAUCAUAUAUUUGGUCCAAGAGUCUCUUCUUCAUCUUCUUCAGCAACCACUGGACUGUUCACAACCAUCUUCCCACGACCCUCUGCGGGGAUGUUGGGGAGGCAAAUGGACUUUCCAAGUCAAGGUGGACAUGUGAAGUAUCAAUCUGCAAAUGAACGAGGAAAAAGAAGCAACAUAAAAGAGAAAAACAGUUACCAUAAUGAGGAAACAGAACCACCAUGCAACUUGAGCUCUUCAAUUUACUAUGGAGGCCAAGAGAAAUAUUCCUCUACAACAAAUACUAAUAAAGAUACUGAAGGCGAUUCCAAAAGGGCAUCAAGAGGAAACUGGUGGGAAGGGUCGCUUUAUUACUAACAUGCACUGCAUGUCACGCAAUCCUGAUUUUGAGCAACUGCUAAGGGAAUAAGAGACAUAUAAAUCCCCUUACUAUAUUAAAGAGUGUAGCAUAUAUUGCAUAAACAAAGAAUGACUUGUUCUUGGGAUGUUGAUUUGUUGUUUACGUAAACGCAACGCUAAUUAAGACAAGCCUCUUUCUGAUUAUUUUAAAGUUUGUCUAAUAUUUGUCUAUGUGAAAUGAUGCUUUAUGAAUACUUGUACUUUAUAUUUUACAUAAUAAUGAAGCACAUUUGUUACUGGUAUCAAAA